AGCUGGUACACAACCCUAUCAAACAAAAAUGAUUCAACAAUUGCCGAACAUCAUGCCAGAUAUGAUGAUUGUGUUUGCUAUGCCGGUGUUGACUCACUGCCCAGUGUUCACUGACCACACAGACAAAGACCAAUUGGCCCAAAUGCAGACUUGUCUAACUCACAUUUUAGAGCCUCUGAUUGCGCAGAAAGAUACCUUCUGCUUUGGUUACUACAAGGAGCUCAUUGAACAAAUGAAGAAUCAUUACUUGUCCACAGCUAAUGAUGACAAUAACAUCAAUGUGAGAUUGUGGACCCUUUGCGAUCUGGCCAUGACGGUUCUUGUAUCAAAAACAAUAAAUUUCGAAAUGCGUAACUUCCCCACCGAACCAAGAAUACCGGCCAUGUAUUUCAAGAGAAUGGAUGACUCCAUCGACAACAAAAAGAACUAUCUGCCGCUUGAUAUGCAGGUUCCGAAGAAACUUUCACCAACCACAGUGUUGGAAGAUCAGCAAGCUCAAGCAGCCAACACUCGUCAGAAGCGACGACUGAAAGGCGCCGCUAACAACCAGACUGCAUUUCCGGAAUUCGAUGUUGAGCCUACGGAAGAAAUGAAAAGCAGUUACAUCGAUGCAAUGCCGGCUGCUGCUUCUGAGACAAGAAUCCAAUUACCAGGAAUGGAAGAAGAUUCCGAUGAAGAUCGUGAACCUAGUUCGAAAAGAUCAAGGAAUUCUACAAAGGAUAAUAAUUGAUGUCUUUGAAAUCCGUAAUUUCAAUCAUUUGAUUUUUAUUUUUAAUGGGCGUUUUAUCAAGAAUUUCAAUGUAUUUAUUUGUGUUAAAAACAUGCUAAUAAUAACAGGUUUUCAUCCAUUUGAUAAUAUUUUUGUGAUUAUAUUGUUAGCGGUCCUAUUUUAUUUUAAAAGUUCUGAAUACAUGUUUUUAUUUACAUGGGUGACAUUUUAAUUAAUUCAUUUAUCUAUUCAUUUUGUUGAAACAGAGUUUCAGGUUUUUUUAAAAUACUUUUCCCAUUUAAUUUAUUCCACCCCAUAGAUGUGCUCCAAAACAGCAAUUAUUUACUCAUAAAAUAUAUUUACUCAUUUUAUUGAUACGGCUUUGAGGCUCUUUUUAAAAAAGUUUUCUUAACUCACUAGUUUUAAUUAAGACAUUACUGUCCACUCUACCCUAUGUCUUCAUAUAAAAAAAUCAUUCUAUCUAUUCUAAGGCUUUGUUCUUUUAAUUUCAAUCAUUUGAUUUUUAUUUUUAAUGGGAGUUUUAUCAAGAAUUUCAAUGUAUUUAUUUAUGUUAAAAACAUGCUAAUAAUACCAGGUUUUCAUCCAUUUGAUAAUAUUUUUGUGAUUAUAUUGUUAUUUUGGCUGUCCUAUUUUAUUUUAAAAGUUCUGAAUACAUGUUUUAAUUUACAUGGGUGACAUUUUAAUUAAUUAAUUUAUUUAUUCAUUUUGUUGAAACAGAGUUUCAGGUUUUUUAAAAAUACUUUUCCCAUUUAAUUUACUCCACCCCAAUUAUUUACUCAUAAAAUAUAUUUACUCAUUUUAUUGAUACGACUUUGAGGCUCUUUUAAAAAAAGUUUUCUCAACUCACUAGUUUUAAUUAUAGUUGUUUUUGUUUUUACUAUGGUAUUUUUGUUUAUCUGUGAAGAAUUGAUAGUGAUUUAUGUUCGUACUCCUUUUCAAGAACUAUGGUUUAGUUGAUUUUCAUUAGUACAUAAAACAGUACAGUGGAAGUACAUUACUCAUGAAUUCAAAGUUUACAUAGCUGAAUUGUUGAGCUCAUUCCAUUUUGUGUAUAGCUUUUCUGUUUUUCUGUACAAUUAUAAUUUCUUGUUUGACAUUUCCUGGUCAACUUAAGUUCAAUCUGUUUAUAAUAUUAUCUGAAUUUGAAUCACUCAUAUUCUGUUAGAUCACUUAGUUCGAAGGAUAUUUAAGUUACUGAUUACUAUAUUAAGUUACUAAUAAGCUCUGUUGUAUUGAUGUUAAGUUAUGUUGUAUUCAUAAGAAAUAGAGGGCAAGUCUUGAUGAUCGAUGUAAGCAUCACGAAUGCUAAAAGUAGUUUAUCAAUUUAUCUGCAGGAUUAGGUAAUUCUUUAUCCAAAAAUAUGAAAUGAAACAAAAUGAUAUGAAAACAUUAAUUAAAUAUCACAAUCAUUAAAAACUGAUUCUUCCAUUUUUUAUUUGGCCUCGAUUAAUUCCUUAUGAGGUGAUUUUUUCCAUUAAACACAAGAUUUUUGCUGGUACAAAAAUAUUUGGAAAAAUGACAAAAAUAUUUCAUGAAUUUGAACUAGAAUAAGAGAAAUGUAAGUUUAUUAAAAAAAUAUUACCAUA